AUGGCCAUCCUUGGCUCGGGGCAUUUGCACCUGGACAUGGAGCGCAAGUCAGGAAUAGGCGCCGUUGACAACGCCGUCUCGACGGGAAUGUCAGUCACAAGCCCAUGGACCCCCCACCGGCGCCAUUUCAACGCCGCUAUCGCAUCCUGGUCCUGGCGGCCAGUCAACUCCCUUCGUUCCUUCCCCGUCCCUGGUCGCGCGGGCUGGACCUCUCGUCCUCCCCACCUGCCGUCCACUGGCAAUUGCGCACCCAUGAACCCCGUCCCUGUUCGCAGUGCCACACGCACCCAACGGGCCAACAUCCAGCCAGUUGAGCACCCCCUUGAGAUCUCUCUUUCACGCUGUGCCCAUCUUUUGCAGUCUCGAGAUGGAGGUGAGGCGCGGAGGCGCGACAAGAUGAGAUGCAGUGACGAGGGAACAUACAUCGCGUGUGUACCAUGGGAGCAUGGGGAGGCGCAUCUCCAUCCCGUGUUCAUCUGCAUCCCCAUCGGUAUCUGCAUCCCCGUCCGUCAUCAUCAGACUGAGGUGCUGCCACCGCCGCGUGUGCACCCAUCAUCAGGCAUGUCGUGGGUGACAAGACGGCCGUCGACGGUUGAUUCGUCCCGCCUCAUCAACCUCCAACUCGGCGGCGACCGCCCCUAUGCAAGACGCAAGCUGCAGGUUCCCCUGCACCCUGCCUCUGGUAAGCGUCCAUGGUUCGUCGAAACACGCCUUUCUCGCUUUUUAUCUCUCGCUCUCUCUUUCUCUUCACCCGAACUGCCUCACUUCCUUGACUCUGGUUGUGCGUGGCCUUUGCUCUUUGGCACCACCGAGCUGAUGACACUUACCGCCAACCAGACAAAGCCUCCCGUUGCGAAGCCCACGCACUACUCCACGCCCCGAACCGAGGAUCCUCCUCUCCGACUACCAGACCUCUUCUACCUAUUCCUCCCUCAUCUCCCACUCUCUCCCCCUCCAGCUCUUUUUCCUCCUCUGUCUCUUCAGCUCACGACGAAUCUGGAUCGCCAGCCUCUGCCUGUCUGCCUUUUCGAGUUCCGAGUGGCAGAGAGUCCCAUCAGCAAACAGCUUUCCCGAUCACUUGCCGGUCCUAUGAUCGUGUCACUCGCUCAGCAACACUGCUAG